AUGGGCACGGCGACACAAAUUGAUGAGAAGGAACUUCUCGAAUCGAUUGAUGAGGAACUGAGUGAAAUUCCAAACUCACGCACAGAUGAAGUGAGAGCUCUGCUUACACGUCUCUAUUAUGAAUGCAUGAAAACCGACAAGAAUACAUCGGAAUAUAAAAAUAAAGCAGGAAAUCCAUCGCAUGGUCUUCAGUGUCCCAGAACCUUCGACGGCUACUUGUGCUGGCCUCCGACGGCAGCUGACUCCAUAGUCUCGCAGCACUGCCCGGAUUUCGUCACCGGCUUCGAUAGUUCACGCUUAGCCUACAAGACGUGCUUGCCAAAUGGCACUUGGUACUCGCAUCCUGAGACCGGGAAUGUAUGGUCCAAUUACACCACUUGCGUGGACAUUGAGGAUUUCGAGUUCAGACAAAUAGUCAACGAUUUGUACACUAGAGGUUAUAUAAUUUCACUAGUCACUUUAAUAAUCUCUCUUGUCAUCUUUCUCAGCUUUAGAUCACUGCGCUGCACGAGGAUAAAAAUCCACGUACACUUGUUUAUUUCGCUGGCCUUCACGUGCACCGCUUGGAUUCUCUGGUAUAAAUUAGUCGUGGAGAAACCGGACACGAUACGAGACAAUACGACUGGAUGUGUUGCUCUCCACAUAGUCCUUCACUAUCUCAUGCUGGUGAAUUAUUUUUGGAUGUUCUGCGAAGGACUCCACCUACAUCUCGUGCUGGUUGUGGUAUUUGUAAAGGAUGCUGUUGCCAUGAGGUGGUUUACGAUAAUUGGCUGGAUUCUCCCAAUUAUUCUCGUGUCAGUUUACGCUGUAAUCCGUGGACAGAACGCCACAGCUGCCAAACAAUGCUGGAUGGAAGAUUCCGAGCUCAUGUGGAUACUCACAAUUCCCGUUUGCAUUUCAUUAAUUGCUUCCAUGGUUUUCCUGAUUAAUGUCGUCCGUGUUCUACUCACAAAAUUACACCCCUGCUCGGCCCAGCCAGCUCCGCUGGGACUUCGGAAGGCAGUGCGAGCCACCCUCAUUCUGGUGCCACUCUUUGGCCUCCAGCACAUCCUGCUCCCCUUCCGGCCGGACGCAGGCUCUCCCCUGGAGCAGUACUACCAAAUCGCCUCGGCCAUUCUCGUGAGCCUUCAGGGAUUUUGUGUUUCGUGUUUGUUUUGCUUCAUGAAUCACGAUGUCAUAUUUGCACUGUGGAACCUUCUGAGUCGUCUAUUUCCGAGCAUAACACCCAACAUGAGAUGGGAAAGUGUCAAUGGACCACCAGCAACCCAAAGUCGUGAUAUUGUUGUGUAAAAACACUGUUUUGCCAGCGGAAAGAAAGGAUGAUGAGCGGUUAGCCAGCAUUUACGUAGUAGUAAAGAAAACAAAGAAAUAUUUCUGUAUUUUAUGGCCAAAAAUUAAAUUAUCACUUCUCAAUGUUAUAAGCAAGAAAAUAUGUAAUGAGACUGUGUGCAAAAUAUA